UGCAGCACUGUGCAAAUCAAGGAAGGUAAUAGUCUUUCAACGCAGCUGUUGAGGCCUUAAAUUUGAGACCCAGACUCCUCAGAACAUCGAGCCACAGAAUACCUGCAGUUUCCUUUUGACACCUGGAAUCCAGGAGACUGCAGCAACACUGAGAGCAACUCGCAGCUCGUUAGGAGGAUUAUGUCAUUAUAACUGACAACUUGAGCUUCCUCAGAGUACGACGGCUACAAGGCAACGUCAGUCCUGCUUCACUUACACCCAGCAGGAGCCAUGGAUGACCCCUACCACAACAACGUGAACCAGCAGGUGACAGAGGGUGGAGAAUACACCUACACCCAGGAUGGAGGAGGCUACCCUUAUCAGACUGACUACCCUCCACAGGAAGAGGAUGCUGCUAGCGAUGCCACAGAGGGCGCAGACGAUGAUGAGCAGAUGUAUGAGGGGGAGUACCAGGGCAUCCCCCACCCUGACGAGAUCAAGGAGGCGCGGCGCGCAGCUCGGUUGGAGGCCAGGAGGAAAGCCCGUCAGGCUGGCCAGCAGGAAGAGGAGGAGGAAAGCCUGCCAGAGCAGUACGAGACCAUCAUGGAAGACUGCGGGCAUGGGCGCUUCCAGUGGAUGCUGUUCUUUGUCCUGGGCCUGGCCCUAAUGGCUGACGGUGUGGACGGCUUCGUGGUGGGCUUCGUCCUGCCCAGUGCUGAGAAGGACAUGUGUAUAUCCAACUCUGACAAAGGAUUGCUGGGUCUACUGGUGUAUGUAGCCAUGAUGGUGGGGGCGUUGGUGUGGGGGGGUCUGUGCGAUAAGAUGGGGAGGAGGAAGUGUCUGAUCUACGUCCUGACCAUCGACCUGGUUUUCUCCUUCCUGUCCUGCUUUGCUCAGGGCUACGGCUUCUUCCUCUUCUUCAGGUUCUGCUCCGGCUUUGGCAUUGGUGGCUCAAUCCCGAUAGUGUACACCUACUUCAGAUUCCUGCAGAUGGAUAAACGUGGUGAACAUCUGAGCUGGCUCUGCAUGUUCUGGAUGCUGGGAGGCCUGUAUGCCUCCUUCACCGCCUGGGGAAUCAUCCCUCACUAUGGUUGGGGCUUCGCCAUUGGUACUGAGUUCCAGAUCCACAGUUGGAGAUUAUUUAUUUUUGUGUGUCUCUUCCCGGCGCUGGCUGCACUUGUCGGUGUCAUCUUCAUGCCGGAGAGCCCUCGUUUCCUCCUGGAGAAUGCCCGACACGAUGAGGCGUGGAUGAUCCUGCGACGAGUUCACGACACCAACUGGAAGGCCAAGGGGGAGCCGGAGAGAGUCUUCACUGCAACCAACAUUAAGACUCCACAAACUCAGGAGGAUGAGUUCAUAGAGAUCCAGAGUGACACUGGAACUGCCUUCCAGCGCUGGACCGUCAGACAUAUGACCAUGCUGCAACAGGUGAUGGCUAACAUAAUGUCACUAGCAGCGCCAGAGCUCAGACUGCAAGGCCUCUUCCUGGUUAUUGUCUGGUUCUGCUUGGCCUUCAGCUACCAUGGACUGGGAGUGUGGUUCCCCGAUAUGAUCAAAUACAUGCAGUUUGAGGAGUACGAGUCCAAGGUCCGAGUGUUCCACCGAGAGCGGGUCGAACAUUUUCACUUCAACUUCUCUCUGGUCAACCAGAUCCACCGCGAGGGAGAGUACAUCCAUGACAAGUUCGCAAACAUUGAGAUCAAGUCUGUGAAGUUUGAGGAUUCUCUGUUUGAAAACUGCUACUUUGAGGAUGUCAAGUCAACCAACACCUUCUUCGAGAACUGCACCAUCAAAAACACUGUCUUCUAUAACACAGACCUCUGGCAGGAAAAGUUCAAAGACUGUCGAAUGGAGAACACCACCUUCCUCCACCCAAAGAAAGGCUGCCAUCUGAACUUCCAGGAGGAGAACGACAUCGUCAUCUACUUGGUCAGCUUCCUGGGCAGUUUGGCGGUGUUGCCGGGCAACAUCAUCUCAGCAUUGUUCAUGGACAAGAUAGGAAGGAUUAGAAUAAUAGGUGGCUCUAUGUUGGUGUCGUCUGCCUGUACUUUCCUGUUGCUGCUAAGUUUCAGUCAAGGAGCUGUAAUAUGUUGGCAGUGUCUCUUCUAUGGCGCCAGCGUGGCAGCCUGGAAUGGAUUAGAGGUCAUUUCUGUGGAACUCUACCCCUCCUCUAAAAGAGGGACAGCGUUCGGUAUCCUAAAUGGGAUUUGUAAGUUUGCGGCCAUCAUUGCCAGCUUCAUCUUUGCAGCCUUCAUCGGCAUCACUAAGAUCAUCCCCAUCUUCCUGGCCUUCGCCGCCCUCGUUUGCGGAGGUCUGGUAGCUCUCAAGCUGCCCGAAACCCGGGAGAAAAUCCUCUCUUGAAAAGCCAAACUCCUGCAGCCUCCAGGCCUCAACCACAGUUUAGCUAUGGGGGAAAGCUUUUUGGGAUAUCAGCUUAAACUGAAAUGGAAAGACAAGGAAGGAAAAGUCACACUGUGCUAGCUGUGUGGAUGAGCCUGCCAUGGUUAUAUGAUUAAAAAUGUUGAAAACCUGUCUGGUUGCCUAUGUGAAACUGUGGUUGCUUUUUAUUCCCUCUGUAAGCUCCUCAGUCUGCCCAGCGAUUCUGUCACAUCGUUUAAAAGUUGUGUUUGUCAUUUCCUUUUUAUUAUUUACUGCCCAUCCUCUAUUCACACACAUACACACAGUGUAACGUUUGUUUUGUUUAAGGUUUGUGUAAAAGAAAGAUUAAUAUGAGAUGAUGUUUGUGAGUGUACGUGAAAGGUGAUGUAGUUCAUGUUACCAUAUUGUGCUUUGGUUUCAUUCCCUUUUGGAAAAAAAAUUAAGAGAGAGGACUAGUCAAAACUUGAACUUGAUUUGAAUCCUGUUGUAUUCACCGCCGAGGCUCAGCAGCAAUUUUACUGCUGGUGUUGUUAUUCAGAGAAAACGCCUCUUUAGCUCACCCAGUCUGUAUUAAUUCUUCUUUAGUUCACAUGUUGUUGCUUGGUUUGUUCUCUCUAUACAUAAACCUGGAUCAACCAUUUUAUUAUAUGUAGGAGUUUUUUUUAUUUUAUUGAAUCCACAGCUGUUCACUUCUCCCAAUUUAUCCAAAUCCAUCCUGAACAGCUGACCGGGUUCUCCUCCUGUUUGUCGUCUUGUCCUCAACUGAGACAUUGUGUCUGUUCUUAAAUGUAGAGCUGUGUUCUGUAGGUGGUGGUAGUGUAGAAUCAGUUUUAUCUGUCACAUCCUGCCAUGACAAAAUGUAAGGAAUUGUUCUGUUUGUUUAUUCAAUUAUUUUUCGUCUUUUUUUCUAAACAAGAGAAUGAUACAAAUCUGUUUUGAUAUGAUGCUCUCGUUUUAACGUUCUGAGGAAGAACAGUUUUACAGAACCUGCUGCAUUUCUGACAACAUGUGUCAAGAUUUCUAAGGAGCAUGUUACUUUUUUGGCUUGACUGAGCUGUGUGUGUGUGUGUGUGUGUGUGUGUGUGUGUGUGUGUGUGUGUGUGUGUGUGUGUGUGUGUGUGGUUGUUGUCCACAUGUCUGUGAAUUUACUGGUACACAAUAAUCUGACUACCAAUACUAUGUUUGUUGUUGUACAUACUGUAGACCUGUGUAUAUUAGUUGUAAAAUAGUAGCUCCAUCAUGACUUGAAUAAAGCUGAGG